CCAAGUAGUAGUGUGGCCACGCAAGAAGGAUUACGAGAGGAAAUAACUUAUUUAUACAGGGUAAUGGAAGGGCUAUCAAUGGACUCGCACGCGGCCAAGUGUGCAGAAUUGUUUGGUAUUCCCCCCCGCUUGGUGCAAAGGGCGCAAUACGUUAGUCAGCUAUUAUCUUCCUAUGAAAUUGGCCGGCUACUGGACGAGAGGAUGUCGGAAAAGGAAGUUUUGGAGCUUGAAGAAGCUGAAGCGAUAUGUCGCAGGUUCCUGGGGUGGAAUCUCACUGUGGAUAAUGUUGGUGUGAAGAAGAAAUUGGGGGAAGUGCUUGACCUGUAACAUCCGUGACUCGGACGACAGAGAUGGAUGGACAUAAGUAUUACUAAUAACCAGGUUAUAAUUUCUGCCAUGUGACCCAAUGGUGACAAUCACAUAUCAAAAAUCGUCACAGCCAUUCUGUUAAAUUAUUUAAUGGCAUAUUAUUCACUUU